AUGUCGACCAACACCGAGAGCGACCAGCGCCACUCCUCUGCCCACCCGGCCUCCCAGUCAGUCUCGCCGCCCCGACGGGCCUUUGGUGCGGCAAUUUCCGCGAUGGGUGCCCGAUUGCGUGGCGUGAGUGUGGGGAGGGACCGCGAGGCUGCCAGUGGGCGGGGGGAUGUCGAUGGGUACAAUGCAGAGACAGAGUCGCUGGCAAGCACAGUCGUGGAGGGGGUAACGAACGCGAGUGUCACUGAUCGCUCGCUCUCUCGCGGCCGCUACUCCUCUGGUCGCGGCGGAGCAGGAAAUAUCUAUCCCACGGUCCCGGUUCCGCCCGUACCAACUCCUUCAACCGUCCCGCCUUUCCCCGCCGACCCUAAUCAAGAGUUUCCGUGGCCCCGUGGCCGCGACCGCGCCAGGCAGCCAGCAGGCUCGGGCCAAGGCUCCCCACAGACCUCCCAGUCGCCAACCGGUGCCGGCCAGCGCUCGACAUCAACCUCCGUGGAUCCUGCUGCAAAAAUCAAGCGCUCGACGGGGCGUGGCGGCGCCGGAAACUUCAGCCGCAGUCCGCCCCCGCCCGUCAAUGAGCCAAUGGCGCAGCGCCUCGAGCCAGCCGCGAGCGUGCGUUCUUCAGGCAGAGGAGGGAUUGGGAAUAUCGUGCGGCCCACGCAGAACGACACAACGCGCUGA